AUGAAUCUCGCAGAUGGAGAAGUGCCGCGGGUGACUGUCCAUCAACUGCAUAAGCAGCUUGCGGAGACGCUGGACCUGCCUGUCCUUAGGACGCCUGGGAUUGAUUCUGGCGAGCUUGCUGGCAAGAUGUACAGAGGCUUCUAUGGACUACCUUUCGAGAGGCAGCACCAAGUGCUGCGACAGGCUUUCCGGGGCCCUUAUGUCGAUCCUGAGAUCCGAAUAUGGAUGCACCGAAAUGGAGUCUCGCCGCAUGGGGUUUGUUCGUUGGUUCGAGGGCAGAGAGUGUUCAUUGAGGAUGACAGAGAUCGAUGCCCUCUCAUCGACUUCGAUCACUGGGCGGGCGUGAACGAGAAGCUCCGGAGGCAGGGUGCAGUACUGCCUUGCGACUUCGAGACCGGGAUAUACCGACCAAACGCUGUCAAUACCUCGUAUCGAUCUCAAAUUGACGACGGUCUCGAGUAUGCGGAUAAACCAAAGCGCGAAGCCGUAGGUCUUCUUGCGGCCUGCGCUGAGCUUGUCAGAACUGAUUUGGCGACUUUUGGCAACUACUUCUUCGCUGGACAACCAGGACGCCUGUGA